AGGAGGGUGCAGAGAAUGGAGCUUCUGGACCCAGCUACCCUGACCUACGACACUCUCCGAUUUGCUGAGUUUGAAGAUUUCCCUGAGACCUCAGAGCCUGUUUGGAUUCUGGGUAGAAAAUACAGCAUCUUCACAGAAAAGGAUGAGAUCUUGGCCGAUGUGGCGUCACGACUUUGGUUCACAUACAGGAAGAACUUCCCAGCCAUUGGGGGCACCGGCCCCACCUCGGACGCAGGCUGGGGCUGCAUGCUGCGGUGUGGACAGAUGAUCUUCGCCCAAGCCCUGGUGUGCAGGCACCUGGGCCGCGAUUGGAGGUGGACCCAGCGGAAGAGGCAGCCUGACAGCUACUUCAGUGUCCUUAAUGCAUUUGUUGACAGGAAGGACAGCUACUACUCCAUUCACCAGAUAGCGCAAAUGGGAGUCGGCGAGGGCAAGUCUGUCGGCCAGUGGUACGGGCCCAACACCGUCGCCCAGGUCCUCAAGAAGCUCGCUGUCUUUGACACAUGGAGCGCCCUGGCUGUGCACAUAGCAAUGGACAACACGGUGGUGAUGGAGGACAUCCGAAAGUUGUGCAGCAGCAGCCUUCCUUGUGCUGGGGCUGCCGCAUUCCCUGCGGAUUCUGAGCGACACUGUAACGGUUUCCCCGCUGGGGCGGAGGUCAGCAGCAGAACCGCUCCGUCGCCGUGGAGACCCCUAGUGCUGCUCAUCCCGCUGCGCCUGGGGCUCACGGACAUCAACUCAGCCUACACGGAGACGCUGAAGCACUGCUUCAUGAUGCCGCAGUCCCUGGGCGUGAUCGGAGGGAAGCCCAACAGCGCCCACUACUUCAUUGGCUACGUCGGCGAGGAGCUCAUCUACCUGGACCCGCACACCACACAGCCCGCCGUGCAGGUCACUGACAGCUGCCUGAUCCCAGACGAGAGCUUCCACUGCCAGCACCCGCCCAGCAGGAUGAACAUCUCAGAGCUAGACCCGUCCAUCGCCGUGGGGUUUUUCUGCAAGACUGAGGACGACUUUAAUGACUGGUGCCAGCAAGUCAAAAAGCUGUCCCUGCUCGGAGGCGCCCUGCCCAUGUUUGAGCUGGUGGAGCAGCAGCCUUCCCACCUGGCCUGCCCUGACGUCCUGAACCUGUCCUUAGAUUCUUCUGAUGUAGAGCGAUUGGAAAGAUUCUUUGACUCAGAAGAUGAAGACUUUGAAAUCUUGUCCCUUUGAAAACCCUGCUUUUGGGGGACGGUCUCACUGGCCCUGCUGGGGCCCCUUCGAGAGCCCAGCCCCACCUCUGGGCGCAUUUCAUCCAUCCAGCCCACCCACCCGCCCGCCGCGCCCAGUGCCAGAGCCCCGAGCUGCCUAUGGACUCGGGGGACUGCGCUGCCCGGAGGCCUGACCUCACGGAGCGCACGGCACGAACGAGAGGCCACCUGCUGGCACCGGGCCGGAGCUUCUGGGAGCAGCGCCGUGUCAGCCCUUGUGCCCGCGACACUGCCAGCCCUGCAUCAGCGCAGCCUCGUCCUGCUUCCUUCUGGGCUGCGAGCCUCAGUUUGCUCUGGAAUCAAGGUCCUGUGUGAAGUUACAACAGACACGCGUUUGUGUGGGGCGUGUCCCAGACCAGUGCAGAAGACACAUGAGAAGCGCUGGCCUCUGACCUGUCGGGGCUGCCUCGGUGGGGAUGGGGUGAAAGGACUGCAGCGGGCGUCUCCUCGCUUUGGGAGAAAGCACGGGUUGGGGGUGCGGGCCAGUCCAGAGAUGUGGCCGGGACUGACGCAGGUGAGGCCCAGAGGGCUGCCGUCCUCCUGCCUCCUUUGCAGGUGUUGGCCAAUGAGACGCCCACGUCUGCUGCUUGCUUGUCGCACCAGCGUCCCCUGGGUGGGAGGAGGGGGUGUGGGGCUCGUCGCCACCCAGAGCCUUCCCCCAUCUCCUGGUCCUCCCAGCCGCCCUUGGUCAGGUCAGCCAGGUUUCUGAUGGUUUGGGGCCAGAGGGUAAAGCCCUCGUUUCUAGGGGGCGAGUCACCUCUAGUGGAGACGCUCCCAGGUCCUCCUCGGCCCCCAUGGACAUCCACACCGCCACCUGUAGCCCUGCUGUCCUGUGCCCAGAGAUGCCGCCCCCACGAAGGGUGGGGCUCGUCCCACCAGGAGGCACAGAGGGGGCCUGGGGAGGUGGCGGCCUCCCCCCAGAGCGCCUUCCUUCAGAGCCCCGCCCCCACCCACCCUGUGUUUGGGCUCCUGCUGCCCCCACAUGUUACCGACUUAAGUUAUUUCCUCUGGCUCCCUUGUCUUCCCCUCGUCCCUCCCUCCUUCCUCUGUCCACUUCCUGCAGAUUCGGGGCAAAGGAGGGCGCUCAGACGGUGUGCAUUCCUUCGGCGCUGUUGGGCCGGGGUCCUGCCGCAGCAUCUGCUGGGGGCACAGACGGUGGCCAUAGGUGACAGCCUGACCGGAGGGGAGCCUGUCUCGUGUGUGUUGGGAAAAGCUUCCUGAAGAGAGUUGUUCGUCCUUAGUUGUGUAGUUUGCGACUCUUAAUGGCAAAUAACAGUUUCAAUAGAAAACAAGUUCACUGUC